AUGUCGGAUUCUCCCUCCUUGCAAAGUGUUUUUCCACAAAUUCUUGCAGGAAAGCCCAAGGUGUACCAAGGUGUGAGGGUGAAGAUCACAGUCAAGGAGUUGCUGCAGCAGAGGAGAGCACGACAAGCAGCUACUGGUUCAGAAGUGAGUGAAAAUAUUGUGGUGUUUGCUUUGUACCUUCUCUUUUAUUUUGUUUUUAUUUUUUUUUCCUUGCCAAGCCUAAUCUCUGGGCCAAAAUCUGAAUGUAACAGAGAAUUGGCAGGUUUUGGAGACGCUGGGUCACUGCUGCCCUGCAGCAGCCCCUUCAUCACAGCCAGGUGUCCCAGGGCUGUGUGGAACCGGUUUUCACUCCCCACCAGCACUCACACAACCCCUGUGGUGCCCACACAGGAAAAAGUGAAAAGUGGCAGUGAGGGAAGUGACCUCGGGGACCUGCACAAGGUUUCCUGGGGCAGCAGCAGCAGCAUCCAGUUUGCAGAGUCUGUGUCUCCGCCUCACCCAGAACCUUUUGAAGCAGAACCCAUCCCUCCCGUGCCCAGCUGCUGCCCGUCCUGGCAGUUUUCCAGCUGCCUGUCCUGUGAGGAAAGCCCGGGGUACCUGGAGCAGCUGAUUGAUUCCUGCCUCCAGUCGGAUGCAGCCUCUGAGCCAGCCUUCAAUGCCUUCCAGCCAUCCUCACACUACACCCCAGACCCCUUCCAGCCAGCCCAGCUCGGCUCCAGCCAAGCCCUGGUGAGCUUUGGGACCCUGGGGAGCAGCCACAGCCCUGCCUGCUGCUGCUCAGCCUGUGGCUCCCAGAGCAUGGACAGCAGGGUCCUGCAGUGCUGCCCCUGCCCCAGCACGGACUGCACGGAAUUCCUGCCACCCCUGGCCCUGGCUGACGACUUCUUCAGGAGGGACAGGAGCUGUGACAUUUGCUACAGCUAAUGGGGACUGUGGUUUCACACAUCCACUCUAUCCAAAUCAGAUUAAAUUGCCCAUGAACUAUGCAAAGUUGUGCUGCCUAACACUGUCCAGUUUAUUCUUCACUACUUACACAUUUUUUUACAUGAUGCUGUCACUACACUAAUCUAAGGUCAGGGGUGUUUUGUUCUUGUUGUGGUGGUUUGUUUUGUUGU